UGUGGAAAGACUUAUAUUGGGAAUCUGUGGUGAAAAAUGUUACUAAAGCAGGCUAUAGAGUACUAUUCUCAGCUGCUUGGUACCUGAAUUACAUUUCCUAUGGUGAUGACUGGAGGUACCACUAUCGUGUUGAUCCGAGAGAUUUCGGAGGUAGUAAGGAUGAUGCGAAAUUGGUUAUUGGAGGUGGAGCAGCUAUGUGGGGUGAAUAUGUGGAUGACACGAAUUUGUUUAGUCGAUCAUGUAAAUAAUACAACUUCUCGAAAUACUUCAGCUGAUCAAGGUUCCGAUAGUAGAACUAUUAAAUCAGCAACAAAAUCAACUGGAAACAAAACAAUUGGUAUCACUGGUCAAAAAUCUUCUUCUACACGUGGUACUUCAGCAAAAAUUGAUUUUAAUCAAGCACAUUGGAAAAUGAGAAUUAUAUGUACAAAAAUUUUCAGUAUGAUUUACUCUUCUAAAUUGUAUAUUACUUAA